CGAAAGGAAUCGCCGCUCGUGGAGUCUGUGGAAUCAUAUUUACCAUUUAUAAGAGAUGGUUAUGUAUCAUUGGAAAAAGGUGAAAAGAAAAUACCUGUGAAAGUACUUAGAGACACUGGUGCGUUUAAUUCUUUUAUUCAGGCGGAUGUAUUGCCUCUCCCUGAGCACACAGAGACGGACAACUGUAUUCCGGUGAGGGAUAUGGGUUUGAAUAUUUUGUUGGUUCCUCUCCACAGGGUGUUUUUGGAGUGCCAGCUUUUUUGUGGAGAGGCUUUGUUGGCGGUGCGACCUGCGUUACCUAUUGACGGGGUCUCGGUCAUUUUGGGUAAUGAUCUAGCGGGUUCCAGUAUGUGGACAGAUGAAUCACCCACACCCGCAGUCGGCAGUGAGCCGGAGUCUCAAAACUUGGAUCGACAAGAGGAGAAUGAGCGUGAAUUGUCGAACGUUUUCACUGCUUGUGCUGUGACUCGAGCUAUGUCGCGCUCUCAAGUGAACGGUGACAAGGACGCACAAGAGGAAAAUAAAGACUACAAGUCCUUUUUGCCUCUUGCUGAUUUUCCAUUUCCUGUCACUAGUACUGAUUUGAUAACUGACCAACGUGCAGAUUCCUCAUUAAAAGAAUUAUUUCAACAGGUUCGUCCGGAGGGGGCUGUGUCAGACCACGAAGGCGGAGCAGAAGGGGCGGGACCAGGAUUUGCCAGGCCCAGCGCGUCCUCGGGAUAUAAGCAGCCUGCUUCAGCGCGUGGAGAAGAGAGGACAGGAGCUGAAUCUGGCUUGGAGCUGAGCCGGCUUCUCCACCCAGCUUGAUUCUACAGAGGGCUUAUCCGUGGAGCAAUGACACCGACCACACGGGGGGGAGGGGCACCCGCUUGUCGAUGCUGGUCCUGUUUAUUUGCUUGGAUUGUACAAUAAAGACUGUAUUCUUUUAUUGAGGGCCGUGCCUCUCUGGCUUUUUGUUGCGGCUCACGAGCCGGGU